CCCCUAUGUCAGUGGCCAAUCCCAAUUCCCAGGGUCUAAGCAGCACAACACUAGUUCCCAACGCCGUCACCCCCGUUUGUGCAGUGAAGAAGAAGAAGAUGGCCGUAAAAUCGAAGAAAGAGAAAGAACACCUGAAUCUUCUCCUAGGUUCCCACCUUACUACUAUCCAUGAAACCCUCCAGGUUUUGGAUCAAACACCGCCAUCUUCUUCUUCCGCCAAAGUCACCUGGGACGAUGUCAUUAAGAUGGCUGAACAAGUCUCAAAACAAGCUACCACGGUGGGAAUGCUGUGGACUGGAGAGAAGCCAGAUGCCAAAGCAGUUGAGGAAAAUAUGGCAUCAUAUUUCAACACCCUGCAAGGUUUCCUUUUACUUUCCCAUGGCAGUACAGUAGGUGCAGGGCCUACCUUGUCUUCUGCUGUUCAUGCAUCCGUCAAGCAAGUCGUUGAUUCCAGCUUCAGAUUGAUGAAGGAAACUGUCUCUUUAUACGGGUACCAUUCUAAAGACCUGAAAAUAUCAGUACCACAAUUGGUUGGUGCUGUCUGGGAAGCCUGUUCUGCCCUUAAAAAGACUCCUUCCACAAAUAUUACAGCAAUUGGGAGAGGAAUGACACAGGUUGCUGUUUCAGUGAAGGACGUUCUUCGUGAGAUGAAAGAAUUGAAACCUGUUUCAUGUGAUGAUCAAGUUGACGAAGCUGCUGGUGAGAGUUGUGCAGAAGCAGCGUCUGAGCCACAUGAUGAUAAUUCAAGUGAAGGUGAUCUAGGGAAUGACCUGUCACCUGAAGAGAUGAAAGUGGCUGAAAGAGCAAUUGAGGUUGUCUCUAAUACGCUUUCAUUUAUAAAAAUACUUAUUCACUCCAUCAUAGGCUUGCUUAAGCUGGAAAAACCAAAUGACAACAGCAGUUUUGUAAAUUCUCUGGAGAAGUUGUUGCAGCUGUGUCAUGAACUUGGUCGACAGAUCGAUGAGAUUGGAGCUUGCCUUUAUCCCCCACAAGAGAUUCCUGCCAUAAAUGCAGCUUUGGAGAAAAUUCACAGCAUUAUUGAUGCUGUGCAAGUGGAGGUAGGAGAACUUCUAGGCGCAUCAGAUGUAUUUCUGGAGCCAUGCAAUGAUUUGAGGAGUUCACUGAGACAGCUUGCAUCUGAACUAAGUAACUCUAGUACUGCUGAUAUAGAAGCCAGGGUUGAAAAUAUAACAUUAAACCAAUAAGUAGACUCCAAUAUGUGUACUUAAUUAUUAUUUUUUUUGCAGGGGGGUUGGCCGGUUGGGAAUAUGUGAAAUGAAUUUGACAUUGUAGAACUUACGAAAAUGAUCCUUUUUUAUUUAUAAUUUUAUAUACACCUGUAUCCAGUGUACUUUAUGUUACUGGUCAA